CGCCAUAUUGAAAGGGACAAAACUCCGGCGACAGCGAGUGACACAAACAAACACCCGGACCCUCCCCCCAUUUCCCCAGCUCUAAGGGCCGAGAUGUUGUACCUAGAGGACUAUCUGGAGAUGAUUGAGCAGCUGCCGAUGGACCUGCGGGAUCGCUUCACGGAGAUGCGAGAGAUGGACCUGCAGGUGCAGAAUGCUAUGGAUCAACUAGAGCAGAGAGUCAGUGAAUUCUUUAUGAAUGCAAAGAAAAAUAAACCUGAAUGGAGAGAAGAACAAAUGACAUCCAUCAAAAAAGAUUAUUAUAAAGCUUUGGAAGAUGCAGAUGAGAAGGUACAGUUGGCAAACCAGAUAUAUGACUUGGUAGAUCGACACUUGAGAAAGUUGGAUCAAGAACUGGCUAAGUUUAAAAUGGAACUAGAGGCUGAUAAUGCUGGAAUUACUGAAAUAUUAGAGAGACGGUCAUUGGAAUUAGAUACUCCAUCACAACCAGUAAAUAAUCAUCACGCUCAUUCACAUACACCUGUGGAGAAAAGGAAGUAUAAUCCAACUUCUCACCAUACUACAACAGAUCACAUUCCUGAAAAGAAGUUUAAAUCUGAAGCUCUUCUAUCCACUCUUACAUCAGAUGCCUCUAAAGAAAAUACACCAGGUUGCCGAAAUAGUAAUUCUUCAACUUCUUCUAACAAUGCUUACAAUGUGAAUUCUUCUCAACCAUUGGCAUCCUAUAACAUCGGCUCAUUAUCUUCAGGAACUGGAGCCGGGGCAAUUACAAUGGCAGCAGCUCAAGCAGUUCAAGCCACAGCCCAGAUGAAGGAAGGUAGAAGAACAUCAAGUUUAAAGGCUAGCUAUGAAGCUUUUAAGAAUAAUGACUUUCAGCUUGGAAGGGAAUUUUCAUUAGCCAGGGAAUCAACUGGCUAUUCUUCAUCAGCAUUGGCAUCUACGUUAACUCAGACUAUAAGUUCAGCAGCAACAGACUCACGGAGUGGUCGAAAAAGCAAAAACAACAACAAGUCUUCAAGCCAGCAGUCAUCAUCUUCCUCUUCUUCUUCCUCUUUGUCAUCAUGUUCCUCAUCCUCGGCAUUAGCACAAGAACUGUCUCAACAAACAACAGCAAUACCAGAGUCUGAUUCAAACAACCAAGUUGAUUGGACUUAUGAUCCAAAUGAACCACGUUACUGUAUUUGUAAUCAGGUAUCUUAUGGUGAAAUGGUAGGAUGUGAUAACCAAGAUUGCCCUAUAGAGUGGUUCCAUUAUGGGUGUGUUGGAUUGACGGAAGCACCAAAAGGAAAAUGGUACUGUCCACAGUGUACUGCUGCAAUGAAGAGAAGAGGCAGUAGACAUAAAUAAGCUUGGGCAAAACUUCAUGCAAAGCAUUUUAUACGGGACCUAAACAACAAACCACAUUUCCUGGCAACCACUUAAAGGAUUAAUAUAGGCAGUCCUAUAAGAACUUGGAACUAUUAAUUUUAUUAGUUGUGUUUUAAUAAUGUAAGUAAAUUAUUUAUGCACUCCCAGUGUGCUAUAAAUACUAUUCCAGUUAGCCUUGGAUUAUUUCAGUGGCCAACAUAUGCAGACAUUUGUACUCUCCAGCCAUUUUCUCAAAGUAAUGGGCAUUCUAUUAUUUAAUCUUCAAAGAAUUCCAACGAUGAAGAUUUUAAGAAAAGUAUUUUAUAUUCAACAGGUAUAUUCUGCUGCAUGUACUGUACUCCAGAGCUGUUAUGUAACACUAUGUAUAUAACUGGUUGCAAAAAAAAAAGUCAGUGCUUCUAAAAAGACUUUAAGAUAAUGGUUUUUAAAUGCCUUUAUAGCUUUGUUUCUUUGUGAAACUAAAUUCAGCAGGCUGAAGAAAAUGGUUCAUGUAUAAAGUGGGCUGGUGUCCUCUAGAGUACUUGGGUACAUAAACAGAAACUCCUGUAGAGUAAAAACUAAUUUGUGCCAUUAGUCUUUAUAUGUUUCUGCAUCAAAAUAGGAUG